GAUCGUCGCUUCUCUCUUUCCUUCCCGCCGUCAUCUCGUCUUCAAUGUCAGAUCCAAAGGCUUCAUCCAUUGGUAUACUCGGCAGUGGAGCUGCUGGUCUCAUCACAGCUUAUACACUUUUGCGGGACGGGUUCACCAACGUAACUAUAAUUUCUCGAGACUCAAAGCCAGGUGGUGUCUGGUCAGAUGAACGCGUAUAUCCGGGCUUAACUAUCAACAAUGUUUAUGGAGAAUUCAGAUUCUCGCCACAGCCAUCUCUGGCUGCAAAAGACGACUCAAAGAGGUUGUCGGGAUUCGAAAUGCGUGAUUAUAUGAAGAAAUUUGCAGACAAUUAUCUCGAAGGUGUCAUUCGUUAUGGCUUCCAUAUUAUUGGGGUAAUGCGGCCAAACAAUAAUUCUUCCUCCGGAUGGAAUGUGAGGGUGGAAGAUGUACGAACUAAGCAGCAACAAACUUUAACAUUUGAUAGAAUCGUCCUGUGUACGGGAGGAUGCAGUGAACCGUAUAUCCCGGAAGAAAUAUCCCCCAAAUCAGCCAAACACGCGUCUUUCAAAGGCCAUGUCUUCCAUUCAUCUCAGUUCAGAACUCAACUCGACAAGCUCCAGGCGGAAGGGAAAGACGAGCGAGGGUUUGGAGAGGUCGUUAUUGUCGGUGGGGGGAAAUCUGCUCAAGAUGUUGCAGCGUAUCUUGCAAACAAGGGCGUCAGGUCAUCGGUUGUUUUUGACAAAGCGGACGCGUUCUUGGCUGUCACAAGUCCAUUGCCAGAUGCCAUACGUCGAAGUCGGUUCCUGAGUAUUCUCUCGCCCCAUAGCUCCCUCAAUUCACGUCUAGAACGAUUCCUCCACACGACAUCCCUCGGCAGUACAAUAACACAUUUCAUUUGGAACAAAAUCAUCGCAGGCUCAUUCAACGCUGCUGGUGUUACGAAAGACUCUCCGCUCCGCAACACUCAGGAUGCGUUCUGGGGAGUUCGCAUUAACGACGAAGGGGUUCCGAAACCGAAUGGAUUCCAUAUGCUAGUCAAGGAAGGAAAGAUUAAUAUCGUUGCUCCUGCGCGUGUAGCUUCGUAUUCCUCUGACGGCGAAUCAGUGAUACUGAAUAAUGGCGGAAAGUUGAAAGCAGAUACGGUGGUACUUGCUACGGGGUAUACGUCCUCGUGGCAUCCGUUGUUUGAUGAACAAACUGCGGCAGGCCUCGGUAUUAAUCGACAUCCUCCUGAUCCCACCUUGGUAAAAAUCGAGGAUGAAUGGAAUAACUACAUCAGUCUUUCCAAUCCUCCUGCAGCACAUCCUAGUAGUGAACAGUGGGUUUCCUCGAUCUAUCGUGGUAUUGUUCCAGCAAAGAAUCUCUUCAACAGAGAUUUUGCUAUCAAUGGAGCCGUGUUCACGACAAACAAUGGAUACGCAUUCGAAGUAACCGCCCAUUGGAUCUCUUCCUACUUCCUCAACGACUCCAACCUCAAACUCCCUUCGUCUCCCGAAGAAGCCCUCGCACAUGCUGAUCGAAACAGCGCUUGGCUGAGAAAACGCUACCCGGAUAUGUUGUUAUGGGCGAACGAGAGCUACAGUAGUAAUUUGGCGUUUUGGACGUGGCCACAAGUGAUUGAUGAGAUGCUGAGUGAUAUGGGUUUGAAGGUGUAUCGAAGUGGAGGGAGCUGGUUCACUUGGCCAUUCAAGGUUAUUGAGCUGAAGGAGAUCGAGAAAUUGAAAGAGGAGAGGGACGAAUUGAGGUCAAAGAGUUAGAGGUUGACUGUUUCUAAUUUAUUUUCCAUACAAAUAUCAUGUCCAGGGUGUAUGUCUUCGACUAAUUGAGAGACGAGAGUUAUUGAAAACAAGCUGAAGUUGAUGGUGCAAGACAUUAUGAAGUUUAACAGGAG